CUUAAUUGCCCAACAGCUGCUGGUCCAUUUCCUUACGAUUCGAACAACAAUCUCAUUGCAACUGUCCCUUCCUUGCCAUACACAACUUACAACUUCCCUCAUUCAACCACCGCCAAAAUGAAGACUUUCGUUGUCAUUGCAGCUCUUUCCACCAUCUCACUCGCUACACCUGCCAAUCUUCCACUCAUCGGCUUCGCAAACCCCACCAUAGCGACAACAUUCUUGGGCAUCGACACUGGCGACCCAACUCCAACCGCCGAGCCCAGCCCAACUCCAACAAUCGAUUUUGACAAUGGAACCCCUCCAACACUAGCCCCUGGAGCAGGUAGACACGUAUACGUCGAAACAUCCUCCGACAGUUCUCUAGUCAACCAAUGGCUGGUCGUCUCCCCCAACCCCGGAAAUCCCGUCACCUUCACUACCAACAAAGCCCUCGCAGCGAACUGGACAACUACUCAGGACAGCUCGGUCAAAGAUGAUGAAAACCCAAAUGGAGACGCUAUGAUAGACACGGCCACUGGAUUUUACGCUUACAUUAAUGGGUCAUUCUUUCCCGGCGAUACCCAGGUCCACGUGUAUGACGUCCUUUUUCAAGACACGCCGCUGGGUGGCUUUUCCCCCAUUAUUCCAGUAGUGAGCUCGAUUACUCAGAGCGUUCAGAUGGCCAAAUUGACGAUCAAUCUCUUCGGCAAAAUUCAGGAGGAGCGCUUGAAUAUUAUCCAGACGUGUGGCGGAGAUGUGGGACCACAUUUGGUGCUGUCCGAAUUCUUUGUGGAUGGAUGCCAGAAUUUGACUUUACGAUAUGCGGAAUGAGGAGAGCGUCGACGUUGAGGCAUCUAUGCGUUAUUGCGAAAGGAAUGCUGAUUUGUGAAAGGUGGUUUUCCUAGAUGUUUGUAUGAUAUGUAGUAAUUUGGUUGCACCUGUGUAGAGUUUAGUCUGCCUUUUGUGCUGCUUUACAGUACUGCGACGCAAUCAUCAAUGUUCAUUCACCAUCUCUCCAUACGCCACACUCUCCAUUUCGUUCUCCAGCAUCUCAUCAAGCAUCUUUUGCAUAGCCAAAUCCACCUGCAGCUUGUUCCUCGCCGACUCAUCGCCGAGCAAGCUCCGGCAUUCCCUGUUUUCCAUCCUCUGCAUUCUGCAACGCCUCGCUCAGGCUCCUCGGCGCACUCCCCGUGAUACCAAGCGCCUCACUCCCCAACUCAGCCGGCUUACUAGAAGUGCUUUGGCAGUCUUUCAUUGAGAGAGAGACGGGAAUGUGCGCUCCAGUGCCGAUGACAGGUAGCGUGACAAUUGUGCAGCCACUCAAUGUACUGGAUGCUCCAAAGCUUGGUUCCAAGAUCACUUCCUCCUUGGAGAAGGCCUAGCGAGUGGUAAUAUUGCCCUACCUGGAACGGCAUUCGUCUCAGCGCUUUUGACAUCUCGUGAUUCAAGAACUACCGCCAGCGUCAAGAAACUCCAUCAUCGAGGAGUACCUUCUGCUUGCGAGCGUCCGAAUCUGAGCUGUAAGGUGUAGUUCCCAAUAGGUGAUAAGCUGCCGGCUGUAGGAGCAUGGCAGUUCUUGUGGUUCUUGCCAGGAUCGCACCAGCGGUACUACCUUAUGUUGCC